AUGGUUUAUCCCGCCUAUCACAGUUUUUCACAAACCUUCUCGAAUGGAAACACCGAGAUAAACAUGAACAUUGUCAAAUCUUCUACUCGCCUCUCUCAGAUGUUCUUCACCUUCAGCAACAGCAACAUCGACAACGACAACACCGCGGGAAACUACGACCGGAAGAAGUGGAAUUACUUUUUUCACCCUAUGGCUGUGACGAUCGACAACCUGGAAGGCGUCAUCGACAGCAACAGGCAAAUUUCGGCACAAAUCCAAAUAGCCAACAAGAAGUUCCCCGAGCAAGAAAUCACGAGCAUCGCCGAGUUUAUGUAUUUCUUACGAAGGGCCGUGAAUGUGAUGUCUCCGUAUUACGACGGUUUCAGCAUUGAUAUUUAUCGCUACGCCAACGACAAGUUCAUCGGAGGUAUAAAUUUCGAUAAACAGCCCGACGUUAAUUUUACUGGUUCCAACACGAAAAUGGGGUCUCUUAUAACUUUUAAAAUCAAAGGAGCCAACCAAAAUUUCGCCUUAGGUAUCGAACGUGUGUUCGUUACCAUGGUGAGCGAGCAUGUAUUCGAGCUCUCCGAAAGUGCCAGCACGGUUUUAGACUGA